UUGGAUCUCAAAUAUGACAGUAUCGCCGUUGAAACGAAAUCAGUUUUAACCUUCAUUUACACUGAUGGAAUCCCCACUAGCGGUGAAAUAUCAGUGGAUUCCGGUGAAUGCAGACCUGUGAAACUAAACCUUACUGAAAGGGUGGUUUACUCCGAACCUAUGAUUUUCCAAGCUAUUGGACAGCACAAAGUCUCCAUUGAAUUGUGUAGUGAACGAGGCUCCAUGCAAAGGAUAUUUGAUUUCUGGGUGGAAAAAGUACCUAUUCAUUACUCUAUUGAAUCAAAUGAAAAAAAAAUACCUGUAAAUACUCCAAUAACUCUGACAUCUCGAAUUCAAGGUGUUGGCAGUGGAGGUGUGAUUGAAGUAUUUGAUGAAUAUGGCUAUUUCGAUACUCAAAAUGUUGGUCGUAAUGUUUUAAUUUCACCCCAAUUCACUCACCAACAUCCCGGUUUCUCCAAUCCCGGUAAAUAUGUGCUCCACGGAAGUUUAACUAUUGGUUCUGUCAACUUGUCAAAUAUUGAAAUUAUCUAUGUCAUGCCACCACUUGGUGCCUACGUCCUGCAAGUGAAUCAAACUCGUGUUGCUGAAAAUGAAGAGCUAAUUGGGGAAAUAGUUCUUAAAAGUGGCCAAGAAAGUCCAUGUCUAGACGUAUCAAUAGACUGGGACGAUGGAACUGAGCCAACUACCUUGGCUUACUAUCAAUUGUAUACACCAAUAAAACAUACCUACACUAAGGUAGGACAAUACUCCAUACAAACUGUGGUAGAACAAAAUUCAGUAAAAGGAACCCUCCUUGAUGUCCUUGUUGAAAUUGGUCCUGGACUUUGGAAUGAGUUUUGCAGUGUCAGUCCAAGUAGUUAUAUUACUGCCGGAGAUUAUUUCGAAUUGAUUGGGGAAUUUAAUAGCAGCGAAAAUGUAUCGGUUACUAUUGAUGAACCGGGAAGUAUGGUUUCAGCGAUUUUUGCCGCUACAUCUCCCUGGUCAUAUGCUCCAAGACCGAAACCUCAAGGCAUAUGGACAUACAGCAUUUUUAUGACCAACGGUUUUUCCACGCAUAGUAACAAUCUGACAGUUGAGAUUCAAAACCCAGUUACUGAUUUUUCAGCCUACCUUGAAGAGGAGAAUGUCGGUCCACCAGGUGAUCUGAUUUUGCAUGUUGUCUAUCGAGGAACGGCUGGUGCGAGGUCCAAUGCGAUUGAAGUCAAUGUUAACUGGGCUAACGAGACUAUCACAACGACCCCAAUGGAUAGCACAGUCAACGAUCUUCAACUCAAUCAUCGAAUGUCGAAAGAGGGCAACCUCGCCCUUAAUAUCAGUGUGAAGAAUAGAGCUUCAUCUCAGAAUAUGACAUUGUCAUUUAGUUUCUUCAGACCCAUCAUCGUGGCCUCAGUACAGACCUACAUCGACCAAUUGAAUGUUACUGGUUAUGGAGUAGACGAAGAUUACUUCACACUGGAUGAUAGCAUCCGCUUUGAGUCCGUGUCAGUCGGUGGAACCAUCAAUGCUACAUAUCUUGUCAUCAAAAGGGAACAAGGAGAUGAAGAUGUCAUAUUCAGCCAACUGUACACUACCACCUCUACAGUUUAUAAAAUUUCAGAAUUAGGGAAUUUUAAGGUCAUCGCCAAUAUGAGCAAUACUAUCAACUACUACGUCUUUGUCAAGACCAUUCACGUGACGGGUGUGGUGAGGGGUAUGCGUCUUUCUCCCUCCACAUUAAAUCUUGCUCCAAACGUCCAAGGUGAGCUUAGACUCUCCUUUGUUGGUCUUGCUGAUGCAGUUUGUGUAUGUGUGGAUCUUGGAAAUGGUGCUCAUAUCGCUUUCCCACCUGUUGGAGGGUCAAUGUGCCACGAUUGUCCCUCCUAUACCGUUUUAUCUCGACCAAUCGCCAAGAGGUCCUUCACCAUUCCUGUUUUGUACUCUGAAACUCGUGCCUAUACUAUUACGUCUUCUGUGGGCAACACGACAGACAGCUUAAAUGUAUUUGUCAGUGAGGAUAAUUGCUAUUUGCCUUUUACCUCUCUGGAGACAUCAAGUAUUGGAAGUCCAAAUACUCCAGCUUUGAUUAAAGUUGAUGAUCGACUCACAAUAGUGGCUAAAAGCAAUGGAACCGUGUGCUCAGCAUUUCAAGCAAUGCUCUUCAAGUGGUUGCUCUUUAAGCUAGAUUCACAGACUGCAGAGAGGGUGAGUGAAAUCAAUUUACCCCAACUUCCGUCAGCAGCUAAUUUGAAGAUCACCCUACCACCUGGUCUUCUGAUGCCUGGAUUAUUUGAGGUAAAGUUGGUGGGAAUAUUGAACAAUGUGAUAUCUUACUCUGGAGUUGGUGCCUAUGUUCUUGUUUCUGAAAUGGCUCCUAUCAUUCGGUUUCUGGAAAAUGGAGAAGAAAUGAUGUGGGUCAGCGACAGUUUCACUGAGCUCUGCCUCUCCCCAUUCAAACACUCCUACAAUCCGAAUCUCCAAAAUUCCAAAUCUGGCAAAAGUAUUACGAAUUGGCACAUCUCAUGCUCUCGUCGUUUGAGCGCCCUACCAGGUGCAAUGACUUCCUGUAACCUUCCAAGACUUCCCGGAAUGAAUGCUGGUGACUUCUGCAUCAAUAGGACCCUUCUUAAUCUCACCGAUACAUACUUAUUCAAAGCAACUGCUCGAGUUGGACAACAUAGUGGAGUUGGUAAUUUGCAAGUCACUUUUGUACCUGGUGAUGUGUCGUUGCUGAAAAUCCUAAUGGUUCGACCAGGUUUGGGAAUGAGUGGUAUUUGGGAUGGUGUGACAAGUGUGAGCAAAACGAACGACCUUGCACUUGAAGGAAGAUGUAGUGGAAAUUGUACUGGAAAUUUCUUGUGGACUAUUGAAAGAGAAGACCAAUAUGGAACUACAAUUUCCCUUACACCAGACGAACUCAAGCUAGCAAGCAAAUAUUUCGACAAGAAAAAUCUGGUCAUUCAGACAGCAUUUUUGAAGAUGUUCAAGAAUAGUUACAAGAUUAUAGUGUGCCUAUUGUUCACAUCUGAUUUGAACACAAAAUCAAGUACUUGCAGAAGAUUCUACAUUGAAGAUCCUCCAAUGAUUGGGAACUGUGAAAUUAAUAAGAACGGUGAAAUUACCAAGGACACAAUUGUGUGCAUCUCUUGUGAAGGAAGUGGAUCUGUCAAGAGACCAGUACUUUAUCGUUUCCAACGUAACUUUCCAAAAACGGAUAAAGACGGAUAA